GUCUACUACCGCCCCGGGGCACCGUUCUGGGACCUACGCUAAGGCGGCAGCAGAUUGUACUGCGGGCUGGACAAAAGGAACCUGGUGAUAAGGCUAGAGCAGGGAGUGGGGCGCCCAAUCGGGCAAAUAUUCCCAGAUAAGCACAAGUAUGAAAUAAAACCAGUGUGGGGCCUCGCACAUGAAACGACAGCCAAUCAGUGACGAGCGCGUGGGAGUCUGUCCGGAAGAUGAAAUAUUAUGGGCAGCCCAUAGACAGCUAGAGAAGAUGAGGGUCUUCAUUUACCGCGUCUUUGCAGUCAUCUCACUCUUCGUCUUGGCGCCUUACCUGCUCGCCGCCUAUGUCGCGACGGUGGCGUGGCGGCACGUGUACCUGCGCGUGGCGCGCUGGCGCUGGCCAGACCUGGAGGUAGUGUCGCCGGUGACGGUGCGCGCGCUCAUGGACACGCGCCGCAACCAGGCGCUGCUCACCGCCGUCGUCGGGCUGCGCACCGCCGUCGACCUGGCCGCCCUGCAGGCGCGCGUCAGCGAGCGGCUGGUGGAGCUGUGUGAGCCUGGCGGCGGGCUGCGCUACCCGCGGCUGCGCUACGCGCUGACCACGGCGUGGGGGCGGUACGCGUGGCGCGAGGAGGACGUGUUCCAGCUGGAGGCGCACGUGGUGGCGGCGCCGUCGCUGCCCGCGCCCGCCGUCGACCACCCGUGGGCGCAGCAGGCGGCCAGCGACGUGGCCGGCAGGUUCCUGCCGCAACACCUCUCGCCCUGGCAGGUCGCCCUGCUGCCCGGCGGCCGCGUCGUCCUCAUCCGCCUGCACCACCUUCUGCAGGCAGAGGGCCCGCGGCUGCUGGACAUGGUGUCGGCCGUGUGCGCGGCGGCGCUGCUGCAGGAGGACGACGAGAUACCACCGCCGAUGCCCACCCCCUCGCCGCCACCCGCGCCGCCUACGCCGGUGCUGCGCGCACUGCCUGCGCUGUGGGCGGCGCUGCAGGAAACGAGUAAGGACGCUCUGCGAGCGGCGGUGGCCCGCUGGGAGCCAAAGGGCGGCGCCGCCCCCAGGGACCUGCCGGCGUUGCUGGCCGUAGUGGCGGGCGCGUGGGCGGCAGCCGGGUGCGAGGAGCUGACCAACAAGACGCGCCGCCACCACAUCACCACGGCGGACGCCCUGCGCGCCAUCUCGCCGCCCGCCGUCUUCUGGGCGUCUCUCAGGGUGUGGUGGUGGGUGGCGGUGGUGGCGGCGGUGCGGCUGCCGCUGUGGUGGGCGGUGCAGGUGGCGCAGCUGGUGGUGCGGGGGCGGCGGUCGGCGUUGGCGGCGCAGUGGCGGCUGGCGGCGGCCGCGGGGGCGGAGCUGCGCUGGCUGUGCCUGCAGCUGCUGGACGGCCCGCUGGCGAUGCUGCGGCAGGCGCUGCACCCGGGGAACGCCAGCGCCAGGUCCAUGCGCGCCGGCUCCUUCACCGGCCGCAAGGUGGUAGCGUGGUCUCGGCGCGUGCAGCUGCCACAGGGUGCGGACGCGACGUCGCUGCUGGCGGCCGCCACGCUGUCGCUGCGCUGCUACUUCCAGUCACUGCACGCGGCCAGCUGCGAGGACGCAGUCUGCUCGUGCCCGUGCCCUCUGCCCGCACGCGUGCUCUGCCUGGCCGGCGUGGCGCAGCGACCUGGCCUACUCGCGCUGCCGCUGCCCACCAACCCGGCCUGCGACUUCGCCGCGCCGGGACACCCGCAGGCCGCGGAGACGCUGUGGCUGGUGCGGCACGAGCUUCGGCUUGCUCGCCGCCAGCAGGCGCUGCUGCAGCGCUUCCUGAGCGGCGGCAGCGCCUUGCCGCGGCUGCUGCCCUCGACGCUGGUGCGCGUUCUGCUCAACGCCGCGUCGCGCUGCUACCCUGUGCGCGUCUCCAUCAUUCCCGCCGUCGACGAGCUGGUGCCCGCCUCCGAGAGCCUCGUCCUCUGGCAGCCGCCCCAGGGAAACGUCUGCCUGUCGCUAUCACUGCUGCUGGAGAAAGACGGGACGAGCUGCCGGCUGGCCGUCAUGGCAGACGCUUUCGUGACGCCGCAUCACGCCGCCAUCGCAGAGGCCUUCCCCGACGCGGUGAACACCAUAGCCCAGGUCAUGCAGGAGCAGCGACAACGGCCUGCCCAAAGAUCGAGGUCCCAGUCGCCGGACCCAACUCACAAGUCAGCCAUUGCGUCACGGCCAGAGACGCCGCUGCCUUCGCCCGGCAAGACCCCACCGCCGACCCCGACACCUGACAAGACGCCGCCCCCGACGCCACAUCCGUCAAGCCCGGGUUCGUCGUCACCGCCUCCAGCGCCAUCCCCGCCGUCAACUCCAUCUCCGCCACCUGCACAGCAGCUGUCGCCGCCAGGCUCACAACACGCCUCACCACCCAUGCCACCAAGAUCACCACACUAGACUUGUGAGGACGCGAUCGUCACGAUAAACGCACUAAAGUGAAAGCACUAUCACUGUACUUGCCUUUCUCUUCCGAUGUUGUGUUGAAGCGCCCUCCAGUGCACACCACCUGAUGAUAGUUUCCAUUCAAGUACCUGCAACGUAGUUUGACUUCUAUUAAAAUACGCAAAAUAAUAUCACAGAUGAGCAGCACUUGUAUUUAUCUUCGCAUGUUUAUAAAUACACACCAUAUGAUACCGUGUGGUAUGAAGUUACUGAUUUCUCUUUAACUAGACCAUAUAUUUCUACAGAACGCUUGAAGAAACCAAAUUCUGAAACAGAUCUGUGUCAGUUUAAUUAAAAUAUGCAUAUGAUUAUGGAGCAUUAAUAAUUGUCAAUUAUUAUAAAACAAUUUUAUUUUGAGUUCCAGUUGCCAAUUGCUACAGGUAUGGCCAGUUUUGGCAGUUAAGUCCUCAUCAGCUAUCUGAUGACGUCAUAAACGUCGAAAUGAGUCAUAGCUACGAAAAAUGUGCGACUGGGAAUGAGUUUUUUUUAAGGUAAUUAUAAAAAUAAAAAUAUUUUAUCUUGGCAAUUUUAUGUUGCCACUUUUAAUGGAAUGUAUUUUCAUUCUUUCAUUCAGUGAAGUUUCAUUCACAUUUCAGAAUAAAAAUUUCGUCUUACAACCAAUACAAGUACAUAAUGAAACAACAUAAUUUUCGUUGUGUCUCGCUAUAGGAUGACGAAAUCAGUAACAGACGUAAAACGUUUGCGACUGGGACUGAACUGUUUUAAAGUAAUUAAGAAAUUAAAAAUAUUUUAUUUUGCGACUUUUAUGUUGCCACUUUUAAUGGCAUGCAUUUACACUCACUGAUGUUUCAAGAUAAUCACUCUGCCACAGCUGUUACAACACUACAAAUUAGUUACAUGUGGCAAUAGAAUCCUCCAAUUUCCCUGUGCUGUUAUUAUUGCUGGUAAUUCACAUUCCUCGUUACUUUGUUAUCAGAGAGACAACAUUAUUUACAAAAAUCUAAAUUUAUCAACAACUGUAAUCUGCCAAAAAUGCAAUAAAUAGUGCCUAAACAAAAUUAUGAAAAAUAAUUAGAAAGAGGUUUCAAACUCUGUAAACUUGGAUAAGAAUCGUCAGACUACAAGAGUUUCUGAUUCUUAGUUUCUGUUACAUGUUUGAUAAAAGCAAGAGCAGAAAUAUAUAGAAUAUUGAAUCUUACCUACACAGAAAAGAAUAAACAAUGAGAAUGUAUAUUUACUGCAUGAAGGAAAAGUGCUCAGUAAUUUACAAUAUAUGUAAUUGAAUCAUGUAACAAUAGUAUUAUUUCAUUAAAAACAACUUUGUGUAGUAGACAGUUUUUUCUUCACCUUGAAAACCAUGAAAAAAUUUCCGUAUAUGUAUAAAUGACACUGAGCCUCUUACCUGUGGCUUCUAUCACUAUAAUGGUAAAAAGACUAUGAGACUAAAUGACGGAAAAUUAUGUUUUCACACUCAUUUCUUCAAAUGACUAUGGAGAAAGAAGACACAAAAAGAAAAACUUUAGUUAUACUUUUACUGUUAUGUACUUUAAGCAUUAAAUUAUGUAUAUUACAUUAGCUGUAUUCCAUUGAAACCACAGAGAGCGAUCUAUGGCACCCGGAAAUUAAUCAAAAACAUACAUUUUUUCAUG